AUGAGUCUCAAUUGUUCUUCGUGGCAGGAGAACAGCUUGUCUGUCCAGCACUUUGCAUUUGCCAAAUUCUCUGAGGUCACAGAAGAGUGCUUCCUCCUGUUUUACCUGGUUCUUCUCAUGAUCUUAGCAUCACUGGUGGGAAAUGCUCUAAUAAUUCUUGCCAUCUGGACCAACAUAGUUCCCCAAACCCCCAUGUUCUUCUUCCUGGCUAACUUGUCAGUCCUAGAGAUUGGCUACGCAUGUUCUGUUGUACCCAAGAUGCUACAGAUCCUUGUGAGUGAGACCCAAGGGAUCUCUCGGGAGGGUUGUGCCACCCAGAUGUUUUUCUUUACAUUACUCGGUAUCAGCGACAUCGUCACCUACUUGAGGCCCAAGGCUAGCCACUCGCCAGGAGUGGACAGGCUCCUGGCCCUCUUCUACACAGUGGCGACAUCCGUGCUCAAUCCUGUCAUCUACAGUUCACGGAACAGGAAAGUCAAGGUGGCUCUGCAGAGAACUCUGGGAAAGAGAAAAGUUGGGACAAUGACUAGGGAAUAG